AUGAAAAAAAAUUAUAUAUUACAAAAGAGAAAAGAAGGAUCUCUAAUUAUUGAGUUUACUAGAACUAUCGUAAACAUAAGGGACACUGAACUAAGCAGUUUCCUUAUUGCAAUGGGAGACAUUUCUCUAAGGAAGACUGGAGUGUAGGAGAAGAGAGCUAAGGCGAAAAUGGAGUCCAAUGUUCUUCUUGAUUAUACAAGAAAAGCGAUACAAAAGAUGACGUAUUUAAAUAAAAUCCUUGCACAGCUAGAAGAUGAUGUAGUAGUCCCUUGUGAAUCACGCAUGGAAAUUUGGAAAACAAAUAUGGAAGUAAUGGCAAUCAAGGAGGAAAAUUACAUAAAGAAGUAUAAUAAGUCUGAGAAUGAAUGGUUAAUCGACAUUUCUAAGAUCAGCCACAAGGAGUUGGUAGAAAUGGCAGAGCACUUAAAGGAAUUGGAGAAGAUGCUUAAGCCCGUUCUUGAUGCUCUUAGAAGCUACCAGGACCAGGACUUGCCUCCUGAUAAAGCUCUUACUGCACUAGCAAUCGAAGAGAAGAAAAUACAAUUUGAAGCCACGGAAAAGCAUCUAGAAGAAGUAUUACAAUCAGCUCUUGAGUGA